CCCCACCCACAUGAUCUGUUCUGAUACUUCUGAAAACAAAUUAUGGAAUGGGUUUGCAAGGUUGUCUGAAAGUGGUUAUUGACAAGACUUUGAAUGAUCAGCUAAAAACAAGCAGUGAUAGAGAAAGUGGGGUGAAAGUGUAGAAUUUCCUCCAACUGACGGCUAUGGACUCUUAAUGGAACAAGCUGCUGGAGUGCACCCUGUGACUCUCAAUGGGAUAAGCUCCUGGAGCAUGAGAGCAAAUGGGCAGAAUGGGACUGCCCACUUGACUAGCUGGUUGUUCUCCAAGGAACGCCAGUCCACUCAAUGGUGGUACAGGAUGGUGAGAGCCAAGUCUUGGACGCUGAGAAAGCAUUUUGAGGGCUUCCCCAAAACAAGCGACUUUGAGCUGAAAGAGGUAGAGCUUCCAAAGCUAAAGGAUGGAGAUGUGCUGUUUGAAGCUGUGUUUCUCAGUGUUGAUCCUUACAUGAGACCUUAUAGUGGGAGAAUCAUGAAAGAGGGAGACCUCAUGAUAGGCAGUCAAGUGGCUAGAGUUGUGGAAAGCAAGAAUCCCACCUACCCAGUAGGGACCUAUGUUGUGGCUAAUUCAGGCUGGAAAACUCACUUCAUCUCUGAUGGGAAAGAUCUACAGCUGCUUCCUCCUUGGCCGGAAAAGAUUCCCAGAUCUUUGGCUCUUGGGACAAUUGGCAUGCCGGGCCUCACUGCAUACUUCGGCCUAUUUGAGAUCUGCAAGAUUAGACCAGGAGACACGGUGCUGGUGACUGCAGCAGCUGGCGCUGUGGGUUCAGCGGUGGGGCAGAUUGCUAAAAUCGGAGGUUGCAAAGUGGUUGGCUGCGCCGGCUCAGAUAAAAAGGUUGCUUAUCUGAAACAGAUUGGCUUUGAUGAAGCCUUUAACUAUAAGACUGUAGGAUCCUUGGAAGAAGCACUGAGAAAGGCCUCACCCGAUGGCUACAACUGCUACUUUGAUAACGUGGGUGGAGAGUUUUCAAGUAUUGUUCUGAAUCAAAUGAAGAAAUUUGGGAGGAUUGCUGUGUGCGGAGCUAUCUCUGGAUACAAUGACACAGUGCCCCAGAAAGGACCUUAUGUUCAGAUUCCAAUGAUCUUCAAUGAGCUUUACAUGGAAGGAUUUCUCGUCUCUCGGUGGAAUCACAAGCGUGAGGAGGCCCUGAAGAUACUGUUAAGAUGGGUUGUCGAGACUCAUAGACGUUAAGGGCAGGAAGGACCAUCAUGAUCAUCUAGUCUGAUCUCCUGCACAUCAGAGGCCACAGAACAUCACCUGCCUGCUCCUGUAAUUGUUAUUUUGUUAAUCAACUUGUUUUACUUUUAAUGUAAACCAAUGCACUGCAGUGUUUGCUUUAAAGUACUGCUAACUCCAGUUAUUGUGGCAGGCUGUUGGGUUUUGUCUCUUUUAAGGAGCAAAUGAACCAAGUUUCUCCCUGAAUGGUCCAGAAGAGGGAUGGGCUUCACAGAGCACACAGUUUUGGGAAAAUUCAGCACUAGGAGUGUGUUGGGGUCAUCUUGCUGUAUGCAGAGUGUGGCUGGGGGGGUAACAAGCAGGCUGCUGGGAUCAGAAUUGCUGAAUCAGAGCUGCUGAGCCCACACACAGUGCAGGCAUGUAUACUGGCUGGGAGCAUCCUGAAAGGAGAACCACAGCCGCGCAGCACCUUUUGAAGCACUCAGGGUUACAGGGUAGGCAGUGACACAACCACUCACUAGUCUGGACUGCACCUCAGAAUGUGACAGUCUGGGGUUCUGGUAGCUUGUUGCCUCCACCUCCAUCAGCCAAAUAAAAAAAGGUUUUGGACCCAGUUCCUCACCUCUGUGUUUCUGGCCUCACCUCAUCCUUCUGCCUGAUGUUCUCAUGUGGACAGUCAAAACAUGAUAAUACCUCACCUAUCCCUAUGUUCUCCAACAUACAUCUAUUAAAAUGUUAUAUUGGGGAUUUGUGGGUAGCUUACUACAUCACUACAAAAAUAAAAAAAUAUUGUUGAUUUGAUUGUCUCUCUUUACUAGCCCUGUUGCACCAUCUUCCUCUCUCUUGUUUUGGUCCCUCUGCAACUUUUUUCUUCUUUUGUUAUCUUGGGUCCCUUUGUUUUGUUUUGUUUUACUCUUUCCAACCUGCCUUUUCCUUUCCUAGAUGCUCUACUGGUUUGCCUCUUUUUUCUCCCUGGAAUCUCUGGGCAAGAUUCUCUCCCAUGCAGUGGAAGAGGGUGCUAUAUACACCUGCUUCACUUAAAGCCAUUUACUAUGCUGAAGGGCGACAUUGAUCCCAGGGAUGGGAUGAUGCCCUCUCCUCCCCACAACUCCCUUAUGGGUUCAGGUAGGAGACAACAGAUUUAAAUUCCAGCUGGAGCUCCAGAAGAAACCAGCUCCAGGAAAUGCGCUCGAUCAGCACAUGUCCUUACAAUCGUGGCUUUGCCCCCUCUUAAACUGGAGCUGCUGAGAGCACAGAAAAAUGGUGCUCUACAUCGUCCUUUGGCUCUGAUUCACUUCUGUUCCAUGUUUAAGACCUUGCUCUUAAUCUGCAGGACCCAGCUACCUCAGAGACUACCAUCUAACUAUUCCUUGAGACAGCUGCACUCUUCUGGGACAAUACAGCUUCUUAGACCUAAUAUGAAUCUCAUGAGUCAGCAAGAAAGCAUUGUCAGUCAAGGGCACUCAACUUUGGAAGGAGCUGGCGUAGGAGAUAAAACUAAGUUAACACCUGGCCAUAUUCAGAGCAUACUUCUAGACACUCCUAUUUCCCAAAGCUUUGCAACACUAACAUAGGAGAGAUGGGUGUAAAGGAAAAAUAAUACCCUCAAAGAGCUUCUCAGAGGCUGGGAGAGGUGAAGAACAGAACCUACCAAGAAGUCCGCUAUGGACUAUGCUUUGCAGAUUUUAAUACUUGUUCAGCACAAAGGUCUUAAAUCAGUGACAGCCUCCUAGGAAUAGACUGGGGCCAAGCAGGUUGUCAGGUGGUACAUGCCUGGAUGCUUUGAGUGCCCUCCAGGAAUAACAAACUUAUUUUUUUAAAAGUAAUAUUCUUCCCGCCUUACAAGGUUUUAUACAGUGUUCUGAGCAUUCAAAGGUAGGAACAAAUAACUGUUUCUCUCUGAGCAUAGCUUCAGUGAAGUGCCUAGCUUGCAGAUACAUAUAGAAGUCCAUAUGAGCAGGUUGUAUUUGGUCAUGCUUUCUUUAGAUAUGCUCUUCCAGGAAGUAUUGGUGUUUAUACAAAACACAUUCGUUCCCAGUGCUUGGAAGCUUGGGGUUUUCCCAUCCAGGCAGGAAGCUGGGCUUUUGGGUCAAAUUCUGAUCACCUUGCCCUGAGUGUGAAUCUGGAAGAAUUCCACUGACUUCAGCGGAGUUACCCCUGUGUAAAUGAAUUGAAAAUUUAGCUAGCUUAUCAAAAACUAAGUGAGUACCUGGAAAUAACAAAAAUAUUUAGAGCUAGACUCGACCUCCCUUAUUUACACUGAGCAGUCCUUUACUCUGCAAGGAGUCCCACUGAAAUCAACAGGGCUAUUCUCAGAGAAAGUACCACUCAAUAUAAGACUGGCAGAAUCUGCCCCAUUAAGUUUAGGACAGUUUACAUUUUCUUCAAUAAUAAAGCAUGGGAGCUAUGUGUUUUAAUCUCACUUAGCUUGGUGUAAAUCAGGAGUAACACAUCAGUAUUAAAGCUGGUGUGAGAUCAAACAUGCCCUCUAACUUUACGAGCAAAUGUAAAGAAGCUUCAAGCACCAAUUAGAUAAAAACAUUCUUCUCUGAGGGCUCAAUAGCAUACAGAGUAGAAUUCUGUUAAAUAUGCCUUACAUAUUAGAGAUAGGCCUGAGACUUACAUUCAUUUAGAUCUAGAUCCAGACUGGAACGUCUCCAAAGUUCUGGGGUCUUUUGUUACAGGGUUCUGGCCCAGUUCCUUCUCUGGUACAUAAAGAGGGAAAGAAUGGUAUACCACAAAUAAAAGUGUACUGUACAGGCAUUAAAAAAUGUGGCACUGCUUUUGACUGCGGACUAAAAUCUUGGGCAGCUGAAAUUUUUUUUUGACCAAUACCAUAAACAAUACAGCACCCAACAUGCAGUUUCAAAAUGCUCUGUGACUAAUGCCAUUCAAACAUCUUAAUAACAUCUGAUCUGGAUGCAAACACUUAUUUGCCUAAUGCCUUUUGGCACGCUGCUCAAAUUGAAUGACAUUCCCCUUUCGACAGUGAGGGACUGAACAUAGACAGAGUGCUUUGUGGGAGUUUCUCAGAAGCAGCAUUGUAACAGAUGGGGCUCAUCUAGGGAAGAUCUAUUGUUCUUUCUGUGCUACAUCACAUUCAGAGCAUAGAUCCAUAAAAAUGAACUCCUUUGCCCCUGAAUGCCGGAAAAUGAUCUGUUCUGGCACGGCCACCUUGCUCUGCCAGUCUCUCCUUGCACUUUUUCUCUUCCUCUCCCUUUGUUCCCCUCCCUCAGUUUCUCCUUGUUUUUUUCCCCCUUUCCUCUCUACUUUCCUUCCCUGUUUUGCUUGGAAAUACGUGGAAUGCUAUAGAUCAAAAUGUGUAAAACUUCUUUCUAGCACCUCUCAUUAACACCACAGAACAUGAUCCUUCCUGCAAAGUGGGCUCCUGCCUCUCUGCAUGAAGGUGGGGAUAAAGGAUACAGAUUCUGGUGCAUCAGGGACUCUUUUGAAUGUUAUGGGAUUGUCCAGAGAUUGUGACCUUCUGAAGUGAUGUAUUUGGCAGUGUUGAGUUAAUAUUCAAUGUAAAUCUUACCUUGAGACCGGAAUGGAUAGCCCUGAAUCUUAUCAGAACGGAGAUUGAGUUCAUACACUAUUCUUCCUGGAGUUGUGGGGGUUUUGUGCCAUUGUGGUUGCAAAAUGAUGAAUUCUGCCUUAGGGCUAGCGCUAUGGUAACUACAGACUAAAUGAAGUGGCAGCCUUGCAGAUAAUAAAAAGACACACGGUAGGAUUCUGUGCUCACCUUCAAGAGGUGUGGCUCAGAACUUGUAGGAUGAAGGAAGGCUUUAAGAUGGGUUUAAGUUCCUCUGCACUGUCCAGAAGCCGGGCUUUCUGGGCCCUCCAAUAUAACUUAGACAGCCCUGGGGACCUAUUUAAAACCUCCUGGCACUGCCCUAUGGGCCGUGCUGCUGCCUGGAAUCUCCACAGUAUUGUAUCUUGUGGCCUGGCCCCCAGCAAGCCACCUAUGCCAGGGCUUAUUAAGGGACCCUUAAAAGGCAGCCUCAUGGCUGUCUCUGCAGUGCCUAUGUCGCGAGCAUCCCUUCUAUGCCCAGAAUCAGGACUUUUGGGGCCCUUUGAAGCUGCUUCGGCCCUUUUACAUGGUGUAAAGAGGCUGGAGUGGGGGUGAGGAUCUCAGCCUCAAUUAAUUUAAAAAGUUUUAAAAAUGCAGCCCAUGCUCGUCAAAUGCUUUUGAAAAGGCUAAGUCACAAAUACUUGGUCCAGCCACAAAGGGCCGCACAGAAAUGGUCCAUGCUCAUGAUCCAUGCAGAAAAAAGGUGCAGGCUAUAGCACAUGUGCAUUUGAGUGCACAGUCAUUGAGACUGUACGUAUACAUUGCAAAAGUGCUCAGGCCUAAAUUUUCAAAAGUGACUUGUGAUAUUAGGUGCCUGAAUUUUUGGGUGCUCAAGUUGAGAUGCCUUAAAGGGGCCUGAUUUUUAGAAAGUACUGAGCACCAGCUGCCUGGAAACCCUUUCAGGUGUCUCAUGCUGAGCACCCAAAAACUGAUGAUCACUAACCAUACUGAAACAUUUAGGCCUCAUAUACUAUAGUCAUCAUCAGCACUAUGCAAAAUCCUAAAAGAGACAGGAAAUGGGAGCUUCCACGCACACAGGGCUAGUUGACUGCCUAACUAAUUCUUCGUAGGCAUAGUCACCCAAUGGGCAUGCUGGAAUGUGGUAAUUACAUAACCAAAUGUAAGCAUGCAAAUGGAUGCACAUAUUUGUGCAUGGAACUCAAGACUCGUUUUAAAAAAGAAAAUUGGCUCUGUUUGUGGAAUUAAAUAAUGACGGAAAAGAUGUAACUAUGACUGAAACUCUUGAACAAAUAAAGCUGAGGUGAAUACUAAAUGUAAAUAGCACUGUACCAAUCCCAUGUACCAUGUGCCUUCUCUUACUUUUUUCUAUUCUCUUUACUCUCGUCUCCUCUUUUUAAUUCUCCAUCCUGUCAUACUUAACACAAUGCUACAUAAUAAUAAUUUUUAGACCUC